CGGUCAGGGGAGGUCAGGAGUGGUCAGGAGCGGUCAGGAGUGGUCUGUGGUACAGACUAGCCCGACUGCGGAGGUCACUGCGUGUUACCUGCUGACCUGACCAGACCUGUCAAGCCGUGACCUGACCUGACCCCCUGCGGUGCAGACAUCACACGAGCAUAGGUGGUGCCUUCUGUGGUCCCUGUACUAUGCCGAUAAACAGCGGCCCUUCUUACAAUCACGUGGUGGUGACCCCUCACGGUCACUCGGUGGGUGACGCGGGCAGCGGUCAAGGCGGACCGGCCGACGUGGCGGACAGCUCUGCACCGGGCGGACACCUGACACCGACCCACUACCCGGCUAUGCCCCGCGGCAGUAUCGCCGGGUACACAGGUUUCAUCCCUGGUCAGCACCAGCAGGUGGGGCUCAACUACCACAGCGCCUCGGACGCCUACUUUACCGACCUGGAGCGGCAGGCCAGCACGAGGAACCAGGACCGCGCCGCCAGCCGCGUGCGCAGUGCCGGCGCCGGCGCACAGGGCAUCAACGUGAGGACGGCCGAGGGGCCGGCGGCGACCCCGACGCCGACCCCGCCCGCGGCACAGCCGACCGCCGACCCCGCCGGCAUCGACAACAAGUAUAGCCGCUACUCCAGCACGCACAAGUCCGCCACCAAGGAGGCGAUUCCGAUCGCAGGCUACGGCGGAUUCGUGCCUCUCGCCCGGACCACGCAGAUCGGCGUCGGCAAGCCGUUCCAGCAGUUCGCCAAUGAGGGAUUCUCGAGAAUGCACGAGGUGAAGGACCUCUACAAGAGUCCGCAGCAGCCGAGCACCGUGGUCGCGUAGUCGGUCCGCCCGCUGUGACCUGAGUGACCCAGGCCAGGUCACUGGGUGACCUUGAGUGAUCAAGUGGUCAGAGGCCUGUCAGCAGUCGGUGGUGGAGUCUGGAGGGAGUUCGCGAGCUUUUCUUUUUAGGGGGGCGGCCUCAGACGUCAGGUGCGCCUUUUUCAGGAAAGGUUUCAGCAUUUUGACGUCACAGAAAUGUAGUUCGGUUCACACCGCAAGGUGUUACCCGAGGUAAACUGCGAACUUCGGCAAUAAGAAGCAUCUAAGGAAUGAGAGGAGAGUAUUCGUAUGCUCAACGUUUUCUUUGGAGCUCAGUUUAAAGGGACCCUCCCACCUUAACAUUAGUUUUGAGUUGAGAUAGCCAAAUUGGUGGCCAUGGCCUGAAAAUACCGGUUUGGGCAUUCACAACAUCGAAAAAUGCUUUAAUUCGGAGAUAUGGAAUUUCAAACUUGCAGUUUUCGGAUUCUAAGGGGCUAAUGCAUUGGUAUGCCCCAUUAGAAUUUGUGACGUCAGCGGAGAUCUAACGAUUUUUAAAUCUUUUACUAAAACGUUUGGCAGCACGCGGUGGUAUAUGCUGCUUUGCGCGCAACAAAUGCCGCACUUUCAAAUAAAGUCGCUAGGAACAGCGGAGAUCCCAAAAAGUAAACAAAAGUAAAAGUCUAAUAUCUUGAAAACCGGUGAAUAUUUUUCGAUGAAAUUUGGUAGAUAUUCAUUUUUGCUCUUUCUGAACCGAGCGACAUCACUUUCAUGCAAAUUCAUUAACUUUUUUGAAGGUGGGAGGGUCCCUUUAACUGUAGCCGGUAGCCUAUCACUUCUCGAAAAAUGCCUAUUUAUCAUUUCAAUUUUCAUUAUUUAAAUUCGAAAUGUGAUGUGAUGUUCCUUUGUGGCACUUAAGAGGCUCUAGCAUACCUUCUCUAAACUGUCUGACUCUUUUCUGUGCAUUGCUGUCCAAUUAAGUGAAAUUCAACCGCCUGUUCUGCUAAGGCCUGAAACAGUCUUUGGCCAUGGAUGUCUUUAGCCAUAUCACAUAUGAAGCUCAUGCUUCCAAUUACCUACCAAUCUGCUAUAUUCCUAAAAUUUUCAUAAUAUAUUCAUCAGAGCUGAUAUAGGUAACUCUGCUUUGACCUGGUGCCUCCAUUUCAUUUCAUCAGUCCUUUGGUUGGUGCAUAUGUAUAGCAUGUUGAUUAUCUGUUUACCUAUGUAAAUAUAGAGUGCUCUAU